CAGUUAUCUCUUGGUUGUGACUCUAAGAUGUCUUAUGGACUCUCUUGUGAUAUGACAGUGGACACUGUCAAACCCUCCAUCAGUUAUCUCUUGGUUGUGACUCUAAGAUGUCUUAUGGACUCUCUUGUGCUAAGACAGUGGACACUGUCCAACCCUCCAUCAGUUAUCUCUUGGUUGUGACUCUAAGAUGUCUUAUGGACUCUCUUGUGCUAAGAGAGUGGACACUGUCAAACCCUAGUUGUGACACAAUUCACGGCGGACUCCACUAGUUCAAGUGACCAUAAAAGGGGAUCACAUGAUUGGUCACAUGAUUUAAUCACCAAGGAGCCUCAUUACCAUAAAGUUGUUUUCAUUGUGACUGCUGGCUAGUCGUUUACAUUGUAUCAAACACAACUUGACCCAUUACACGAUCUUUGUGGAAAGUUAUUUUACAAAACAAGAACGAAAAUGGCGAAAGGUCGGGGACAAUAUAAGUUAGAGUUAGACACCAAUAAGCGGAAUGUUUUCGUUACUCAGUUACAUCAAAGAGAAGAUGAGGAGGAUGACAUCACUGCGUACCCUGUGGUCAAGGAGUCGGCUGACCGUCUCAUUGAGACGGGUAUUAACACACUCCAGAAAACCCUCUUACUCAAGAAAGAGGUUGAAAUAGAACAAGUUGAUGUUGAGCUGCAGGCAAAGAGAGAAGAAUUCAGGAGGCGGAUGGAGAUGUGCUCGGAGAGACAGAUCGAGAUUCAGAAAAAACAACAAAAAAUGAAAGAUCGAGUUGCCAAGUUUGAAAAGUUUAUCAAAGAAAAUGAAGCAAAACGAAGGAGAGCAAUUCAAAAAUAUCAUACAGAAGUGAAAUUAAAGGAUCAGAAGUCUAGAGAAUAUGAGAUGUUGGUGCAACAGCUGGAAGAACUCAAGGCCAGACACAGGCUCUUACAGAAGAAGUUACAGUCAUAUAAGAAAUUUGAACUUUAUUUACUCAAAGUGGUUGAUUCAUUACCAGAAAAUUACAUUGAGAUGAAUGACAACAUGGUGACUGGACUCAUGAUGAGGCAUCGGACAUUGAGUGAUACCAAUGGACAACUGGUCGACAAUCUUUUAGCGAUGGCAGAUGAGAUUGAAAGGUUGAGGGCUCAGCUUGAAGCAUACAAACAAGACCACAAUAAAAACAAAUUGUCCAUCAACAGCCGACUGGCGCAACUGCAGAAGCACCAGGAGACAGAGACCGAGAAUAACAAACAGUUGGAGCAGAAGGGCAUGUCGAAGAAAGGACAUUAUAGAGAGCAGCGUGAGCUCCUGGGUAUGGUGCUGAUGGCUGUUGAUGAUCUGGCUGAUAAAUGUCAUAAUGGGAAAGCUGAGAAGCCAUUAGAAGGGAUGGACCUGAAUGAAAAGUUGGAUACAAUCAAAGAGCACCUGCUAGAUCAGGAGGAUGUCUACAUCAUGUCAUUACCAGAGUCACAAGUUCCAUCGGAGAAGGCAUCCAAGAAAAGUUCAAAAGUCUCCCAAAACAACCGGAUAAAAGUCACAUUCGCUCGCUAAUGGAUACUCAAAGAAGAGACGUGUAAUGCUUGAACGUUUCAAAAGUUUUCAUUGUCCAUCAAUGAGACUGCCCCUGUGUGGAGGCUGAAGACAAACAUAUCAGUUCCUGCUUGUGAUGGUUUGUUUAAGAGACUUGACUGGCCGCAGAGAGCGUGGAGACUAACACUGGGAGAGGUUGAGGUGUGCAGCAGUGUAGAUUUCUCUACAUCAUUGGUCGUCAGGUUUCAAUAGCUGAUAUAAAUUCCCAGGAGUGACGGUCUAUAUCUCUCUGUAACAACCUGUAAUUGCAGUUUGUUAGGAGUGACAGUCUCUAUAUAUCUCUCUGUAACAACCUGUAAUUGCAGGAUUUGUCAGGAGUGACGGUCUCUCUAUAUCUCUCUGUAACAACCUGUAAUUGCAGGAUUUGUCAGGAGUGACGGUCUCUCUAUAUCUCUCUGUAACAACCUGUAAUUGCAGGAUUUGUCAGGAGUGACGGUCUCUCUAUAUCUCUCUGUAACAACCUGUAAUUGCAGGGUUUGUCAGGAGUGACGGUCUAUAUCUCUCUGUAACAACCUGUAAUUGCAGUUUGUUAGGAGUGACAGUCUCUCUAUAUCUCUCUGUAACAACCUGUAAUUGCAGGGUUUGUCAGGAGUGACGGUCUCUCUAUAUCUCUCUGUAACAACCUGUAAUUGCAGGAUUUGUCAGGAGUGACGGUCUCUCUAUAUCUCUCUGUAACAACCUGUAAUUGCAGGAUUUGUCAGGAGUGACGGUCUCUCUAUAUCUCUCUGUAACAACCUGUAAUUGCAGGAUUUGUCAGGAGUGACGGUCUCUCUACAUGUAUAUCUCUCUGUAACAACCUGUAAUUGCAGGAUUUGUCGGGAGUGACGGUCUCUAUAUAUCUCUCUGUAACAUCCUGUAAUUGAAGGGCUUGUCAGGAGAGAUGGUCUCUCUAUAUCUCUAAUCUGCAUUGUGAUAUACAUGAUCUAUUGUACACAUCUCUUGCAGGGCAGUCUUGGUGAUAGAUAUGCUCAUUUGGGACCACACAAUGUUACUCUGCACUUGGUUGCGGGCUGCUGUUGCAAUGAUUAUAUCAAGAAUUUUAAUUUUUCAGCAUCAUUUCAAAGUCUUCAGUAGAAUAAUUCUUCAAAAAUGUAGAAAUUUAAUAGUAUACGUUGGAUGUGGUUUUAUUCGUUUUUGGAAGAAAAGUGAUAUUGUUUUAUUGUGUCUCGUGGUAACUGAGGAAGCCUGUCAUGUUGACAGGUGCACAAAUACUCGUAUCAAAAAUAUGUGAUUAUACGGCACGCUAGCAUGUUGUUUUACAUUUACUGGUCGUUAGCCUCUCGUUGGUUUUCAUGUAGAUGUUUCUACGUUGCUUUUUAUGUACGCCACUUGCAAACAUUUUCCAUCACCCUGUGAAAAUAUUUCUGUCCCAAUUACAAGUUUGAGACAAAUGCAGCAAAUAGUGGAUAUUUCAUGGUUUCUUUUCAAGUUGUCCAAGUUGUGACUUAUCAUAUCAUGCUUGUAUUCAGAAUACAUCUCAAUCUAAUAAAAUAAUGCAUAUUGCG